CCCCGGUAUGUCUUUAAUCUCUCUCAAAGCAGCGCCUCGAAUUCUAUUGUUAUUCCACUCCUCCUAGGCGACUGAGCAAACUCAGCGACCAAAAGCUCGUUUCAAUCAAGCUCCCACGCUCACUUCAUCGCCUUCAGCCCCCGAAUUGUCCCUGCAAUCAAUCAGCGAUGAUGACCACAUAUUUUAACCGCCAAAGAGGCACGGUUUUCAUUGCCUCACCUUCGAAAUAGCCAUUUGGUCGCUAAAUAUACACAAGACUUUUCACGGCUUCAUGUUGCGAUGCUCUGUAAUGGUCACCAUGACCCUGAUCAAUAUUCACAUAUAUUGGAACAUUGAUGAUACCGACAAAAACCACCCCAGCUAGCUCGGAGAACACUGUAACUUCCAUCUGACCCUUUUUAUCCCCCUCAUUCAGUCACAUUUUCGUGAUAGCCCUCCCUUAGCCUGUGAUGACGGUGGAAAACCAGCAAGAAAUGGGGUUCUCUCAAUGUCACUCAGCAAGCCCCUGCAAAUAAUCAGAGUGGCGGAACUCUGCGAUUCAAUACACCUGCAGAAUAACUUGGCAUUGCUUUUUAGCUAUCACUCGGAGUUCUCUAGCCUGUGAAUUCAGGUCUGAUUCCUAGCGGUCAAGUCCCUGGAAAUUGUAUCUUGUGCAUUUAAUCAUCGAAUACCUCACAAUCCUCGCAGACGCGAAUAACAUCAAAGUUCAAUCAAUAUUUACCUUUGAAGCUUUCGGUUUCUCAAAUUCCGGUGCAACCGAGAUCCAUUAGUACCCAGGUAGCCAGUCAAAGAAUCCCGACCGAGAAAUUACCUGACCAAGACCCGAGCGUUGUCACGACUCCGCCAGACAAAUCUUGUGUCCAAUUUUGACUUCCGUCAUCCAUGAUGCACCAAAGAGAUUCCACCGCGCAUUGCCUCGAUUCCCCGCAGCGAUCAACAUGACGGACAGGCUGUGCUCGGCAACAAUAUCAAGAAUACCUGCUUCAGCGUAUCACCACGCUAUAUAACUAUCCAUAUGAUCCAUUCGAGGUGUCUACAAAGAAAAUUAAGCGUGAUACUGCCUGAAUUGCCCGCUCAUCACAGGAAUGAAAGCCUUCCUUGGCCCGUGGUGAAACAACAAGUGUUGAUCCAUUUUAUGCCCACCCGAGACUGAGACACCAUGACAAGCGUUGCUAUCACGAUAGUUGGAAUGUGUUGCUCCCCUACAACCUGAAGCCCGUGACAAAAGAUAUAUCAUGGCAACCUGUCGGCCACAAUGGACUGGAGAGCAUCACACAUUGUUUAUUCAAUUCUUUUCCAUCACCAAGUCGACACAAUGAUUCGAUUAUACAUUCUUCUUUGCCUCCUACCAUGUCUCUUCCUUACCACCCCAUUCACCCAUGCUGCCCUACUGCCUCGUCUCAAAGCUUCGUUCAGACUGCCAGGUGUAGUCUUCAAUGAACCAGUGGCUCGAUCUAUCAAGGUAGUGCCUUUCAAAGAGCUUCCUGGGGAAUCACACCAUGGUCAUGGACUUCACCACACUCUCGGCCUUGUGAAGCGAUUGGUUGAAGACCAGGGCGAUAUGGUUGAGGUUACCGAAGAAGCUCUUCAGGAACUUCUGGAUCAGAUCAACAAACUCCAUGAGCAGGUGAACAGCAUGAUGCCAUCUGGUGCAACGGACAAGCAGCCUACUCUAGGGGCAGGCGCUUCGUCAGGAGGCCAGUCUGGUCAGUCUGGUCAGGCCGAUCAAUUACCUGCAGGGUCUUCUGAUGAGUCUACUGGUGGCGAACAGUCUGAACAACAGCCUGCUCCCUCUGGCAAAGCUGGUGUCCCUAGACCAGGCGUUGCCUCGGGUCCAUCAGAAGUUCCUAUGGUUUCGGACCCUUCUCUACGAUCUCCGUUGCCGUCACAGGCAGACGCAGCCACGGUUGUCGAGCCUCAGGCUCCGGGCGCUUCAGCUCAACUAGAUGCAUCGCAGAUAGAUACCCACAGGCAAGCAAAGACUGAGCUGGCGCAGCCUGCUGCAAAUCCCACCCAGGUGGUAAACGGUGAAUCUACUAAUCCAUCUAGCGAGCCUAAAGUUGAAAGGCUGUCUGGCAAUAGUGCUGCCGUGACCCUGCCUGGGAGUACAGAUGCUUCUGGAAAGGGGGGCGUCGUGGAAUCAGGUGGUCGUCCCAAGAAUGCUGUUGCUCAACCGACUGGUGAAGUUCAGGCUCCGACGGGAACACAAUUUAGCACAGCACAAGACGUCAAGCCAACAGAGGAAGGGAAGGCCAAAGGUCCUAAUAUCUCAUCUGCCAAGCAGGUUGCUGAUGCUACCAGUACUGCGCCCGGGGGUGCAUUUGUUGAGAAUCCUGAUAACGUUGUCCAGACGGUCACGACCAAUGUCACCUUUGGCGGACAGACUAGUACUUCAGCAACUAAGGAGACUCAGAGACCAUUCCGUGCCAAAGAUGAUGAGUGUGUUGACAAAGUAAGUGAUCUACCCAUCAUACGUCGAAACCCUAACUGCACACCAGGUAGUAGGAUCAAAUCCGCGAGCGAGCCAGCACAAGACACCACGAUAACUCUGGUCCUCGUACCUACUCCAGAAGCAGAUCCUUCCCAAUCUUCUGCAACGGAAUCCGGGACACGGACAACAGAAGACUCUCCUGCAACUGCCAAGGCCGAGGGAACGGCUCCAGCAUUAGAGACAGAAGCCACUUCCACCCCGACUAUCAACGCUGGAGGCUCUCAGCAGCUUGCAGCACCAACCUUACUCUCAAAUCCAUCUGCUGUUUCUAGACCUGAGCCGACAGCGUUAAGCCUUAGAACUCUCGUUUUCACAUCAGUCCUUACAAGGUCUUCAACCAUCCUCGCAACUACUGUACGCACAGAGUUUGUUAAUGCGAAUCAACCCACUGCAUCAUUGAAAGCCCCCGGACAUGUCUUCAAAGAAGAUGAAGACGCAGACACAAAUGCAGCGUUCAACAAGGAUGGAAAGCUUGCUUUGGAGGAGAGUGUCAAUGAGGAAAGCACACCAGAAACCCUUAGAGGAACUCCUCUCGCGUUAGAGACUACAGCCAUUCAGACCACAACGACAACCACCAUCAGUUUGAGCCAUGUUGAUGUCAUGACAACCCCUGAACCCAGCCAAGAGCCUCUGUCUCUUUCUUCAGUACCAUCUCAUGGUGCUGGAGGCAUCAACGGGACAUUCCAUGCAACGCCAAACAGUGGAUUCAGAACAAUUCCGAGGUCGUCAGCUAGUCUGGCAGAGAGAGCAUAGAUGUAAAUAUACAUGAUUUGCUCUGGAGUUAAGGACUUUAAUGAUGUUUGGGUUUGGAUGUUUUAGAAUGAUCACUAUGAAUUUAUGUUGGAUUCCCCUUUUGGUACGCUUGUCAUAUAAAUGAGAAUUAAUUCCUGUUUCGCCCACAGUACCGUGCCGUUGAAAAAGCAAUAGCACGUAUCCACAACCCUGCGAAUACUGCACUCGAUCAACUUUUGAAACCCCUC